UGGAUAGACUACGAGUUCGGUUACAUCGUGGCGUCAGGAGUGUUUCUGGGUUAUGUCGUACUGUUCAUCGCGUCAUACAUGCUGUACAUGUGCAUUAGCUGCUGCGUUUCGACCGACGAGAAGAAGGCUUCGAAUCAGCGUAGCUGUGUUCGAUAUCUGUACAACGUCCUGCUGGCAGCCACGGUUCUGCUGAUGAUGUAAUUCGUGAUCUCCUGCGCGUUCGUCUCUAACGAAAGCGUGCACCGCGGAACAGCGGUGGUGGUCGCCCGCGUUGGCCGGCUGCUGGACGACGUGGAGCUAUUCAGAAACAGGACCAAGCAGCGACUGGAUAAGAUCGUCAAUGAAGACUUUCAACAGUUCAACUCGUCGCUGACAAGUAGUGUCAAAGUUAUGAGAGACGAUUUCGUGGCUCACCUACAGAACAUAUCAGGCAAAGUCUCCGUCGAUGAUCUUCAUAACGACAAGUCAGAAAGACAAAAGGACUACUUUUCCCAAGUGAACGCAACGAUCAACACGAUACUUUCCAAACUGCACUCUCUUGAUAGGGAGGUCAGUGGUUUGUACAAAGGGUUGUCGCAAAAGUUAUGGUGCCGAAACGAUAUGGCUCUGUGUAAACAGCUGAUCCUGUCGCUUUGGACCUGCAAACAGAUCGUUAGACAAACUAUGACUCCUGAAAUCGUGGGAACGCUGCAUAACUUUACGCGGUCACUUGUUGAAUUGGUCCAAACCACCGAACCUUACGAACGAAUAAUGAGUAAAUUUGCCAGAACAACUGAAGCCUUAGAGAAGCGUUUACAGAAGGUUGUGACAGACGUUGGAGAAAGGUUAAACGCGAUCGUUUCGAAAUGGUCGUUGCUGCUUGAUACGAUUAAGGUGUCUGCCGCCACGUCGGAAGUUACGCGAUUCGCUGAGGUUGUGACGAAGACGCUACCUUUCCAGGUGGACAUUUGGAUGCGUGAUGUGCUCGUUGUUGUUGGUGCCCACGUUGUGCUUCGGAUUAGGAUUAAUGUUCUUGAUCUGCGGAACGAGGCCCGAUUUCUAUAG